AUAUCUCAAUCCCUUUGAGAUUAACGGUCUACGCAAUUUAAGUAGUUGAUAAAAGAAAAAUACUUAAAUGUUUAAAGAAUGCUUAACAUUGUCAAAUUCACUGUGCCAUUUGAUAUUAAGCGGCUGUAAGUGAAAUCAACAAAUUUUGGCGGAUGCUGUGUGUUUGUUUUGCUGACAACUAUCGAUUUUGUCAGACGCAGCAUCUUUAACCGAAUAAAAAAAGGCGCGUUGUGCACAGGAUUUUAAUUAAUCAUAGAUAGUGGAAAAAAUAUUUGAGACUAAAAAAGGGAUUUAUGAUGAAGCGACAGAAUGUCCGAACCCUUUCCCUGGUGGUAUGCACUUUUACCUAUCUUUUAAUUGGAGCCGCAGUCUUCGAUUCCCUGGAGUCCCCAACGGAGGCCAAGAGAUGGGAUUUCCUACAGACCGUUAAAAACAACUUUGUUAGGAAGUACAAUGUGACCGACGAGGAUUUUCGUGUGAUGGAAAUCGUCAUUAUUGAAAAUAAGCCCCACAAGGCCGGACCUCAGUGGAAAUUUGCUGGAGCUUUCUACUUCAGCACGGUUGUACUGGCUAUGAUAGGAUAUGGACAUUCCACGCCAGUCACAAUUCCGGGAAAAGCAUUUUGUAUGGGUUAUGCUAUGGUGGGCAUCCCUCUGGGUCUGGUGAUGUUCCAGUCGAUCGGAGAACGUCUCAAUAAGUUCGCAUCAGUGAUUAUAAGGCGGGCAAAGAGAGCCAGUGGAGCUCGCUGUACGGAUGCCACCGAGAUGAACCUCAUGUUGGCCACCGGAAUGCUCUCCUCCAUUAUAAUCACGACUGGAGCUGCAGUAUUUUCCCGAUACGAGGGAUGGAGCUACUUCGAUAGCUUCUACUAUUGCUUCGUCACCUUGACGACAAUUGGCUUCGGCGACUAUGUGGCAUUGCAGAACGAUCAAGCUCUAACUAAUAAGCCUGGUUAUGUGGCACUGAGUUUGGUCUUCAUCCUUUUCGGCUUGGCCGUGGUGGCCGCCAGUAUUAAUCUGCUGGUGCUUCGCUUCAUGACCAUGCAAGCGGAGGAUGCCAAGCGAGAUGAGCAGGAUGCCCAGAACCUGGCCGGAAAUGCCCAGCCGGUGACCUUCGAUGAUGAGUCUACGUACAACAUGCAUGGCAAGUUGCUGGAGAACAACUACACCACGGAGAACGAUGAGACCGCCUCUCUGUGCUCCUGUACCUGCAUGGGUGGCACACGGUGCCUAAAUCAUGAGCAGUUCGUGGAUCCGGACUUCCAGCCCACCGACAUCAUCGAGAGCACCUUGUGCCUGAAGCGAGCCUCCGUCUGAUAUCCGUACAGCCAGCUGUGGGACUCCUCCUUGUAGGAGCCAGAGCCAAUGGAUCACCAAAUCGUAGUUACAAUCCUGUAGAGACCCAGCCGCCGCCAAAAUUUGGUUGUUAGACGAACCUUCCCUACGUAGAUUUUUACACAAGGAUGGGUCGAUUAUAUUUGCUAUACUACAUAGGAGUUUGCAGUUUGGAGGGGAAGGUCAAAAGUCUUUAAAAGGCGCUUUUUGCAGAAGGAAAAAUCGACCCAUCCCAUUAUACACCCAUAUACCCAUUUACAAAGGAGAAAACUCCACAGCAUCCAUGUCAAUAUCAAUCGUAUCAUCUGGUCGUUAGUCUUGGAAUCCUCUAUUGGUUCUAGGGCAACGCCAAAUCCAUCCCAUCUCCAAUUUUAGCCGUAUAUUCGAUUAUCUAAGUACUAUUAAAGUUUUUGCUCGAAACCAAAGAACUGAGUUUUCUGAAAUUUGUGUGAGUGUGAAAUGUGUCAGCGUCCCGAAUCGUAGUAGCCCAUCUUGGAACAUUCCGAGCAGUAAUCCCAACCAGGCUCAGUCCACCUCAGUAUCAGCUAGCACGUACACGACUAAAAUAUAAACCUGAAAAAUUAUACGUUUAAAUAUUCAGUCUUUCGCCGCUUUUUGCCCCCAAACGCAGACUGAAUUUGAAGCUCGGUGUUUUUUUUCUACCAUUUUUUCGUUGUGAAAAGGUA